AUGGAAUCGGAAUCGAAACAAACGAAAAUUCCCCCAAAGAAUUUCUCCAUAGAAUCGAUUGUGGGCAUCGAUCGUCGGUCCCCAGAAAUCGAUAUUGAAAAUACGAUACAGGAUUACAACGAAGACGACGAUGUGAAGAAAGUGGGGUACUAUUUUCAAAAUCGUGUGCCGAAUUUUCCGUUCUUUAUGUACGAGAAACGGACCGAGUAUCCAGGCGAGGAUUUGAAGCGAGCUAGCCCGGGGAGCGUGCGGAGUGAGGUUGAUAGCGACGGAGCGGAGGAUAGACCCCAUGAAUCGCUAAGCCCACAAUCUGAACAAAUCACAAACUCUUCAUCAGCACCAGAUCCAAACAUCAGGAGAUACCGUACAGCUUUUACAAGAGAGCAGCUAGCCAGACUGGAGAAGGAGUUCAUGAAAGAAAACUAUGUGUCAAGACCUAGGAGAUGCGAAUUGGCCGCACAAUUGCAACUGCCAGAAUCUACUAUUAAGGUAUGGUUCCAAAACCGAAGGAUGAAAGAUAAACGUCAGCGCAUAGCUGUGGCUUGGCCGUACGCGGCGGUAUACAGCGAUCCAGCCUUCGCAGCGUCCAUCCUUCAAGCCGCCGCUUCCUCCGUCGGCUUACCCUACGGCUACCCCUCCCCCGCCAUGCUACCUCCCUUCCACAACCCUCAGCUGCUACCCACUGGCUACCCUUACCCCUAUCCGUACCCGCGGUACCCUUACAUUCCGCCGACACCUCCGUCGCCCGUGAACCCGGAGUCGACAAUUAGGCCCGCGUAUUCCAAUUUCAAUUUGAAUGUUGACAAGUAA